AUGUCCAACAGCAGCUCCAUCACCAAGUUCCUCCUGCUGGCAUUUGCAGACAUGUGGGAGCUGCAGCUUCUGCACUUUGGGCUCUUCCUGGGCAUCUACCUGGCUGCCCUCCUGGGCAAUGGCCUCAUCCUCACAGCCGUAGCCUGUGACCACCACCUCAACACCCCCAUGUACUUCUUCCUCCUCAACCUCGCCCUCCUCGACCUGGGCUGCAUCUCCACCACUCUCCCCAAAGCCAUGGCCAAUUCCCUCUGGGACACCAGGGCCAUUUCCUACUCGGGAUGUGCUGCACAGGUCUUUUUCUUUCUCUUCUUCAUAUCAUCAGAAAUUUCUGUCCUUACUAUCAUGUCCUACGACCGCUACGUUGCCAUCUGCAAGCCCCUGCACUACAGGAGCCUCCUGGGCAGCAGAGCUUGUGCCCAGAUGGCAGCAGCUGCCUGGGACAGUGGCUUUCUCAAUGCUGUCCUGCACACCGCCAGUAUAUUUUCCCUGCCCCUCUGCCAAGGCUAUACUCUGGACCAGUUCUUUUGUGAAAUUCCCAAGAUCCUCAAGCUUUCCUGCUCAGAGUCAUUUCUCAGGGUGGUUGGGCUAAUCAUAGUCAGUGUCUGUUUAUCAUUUGGGUGUUUUGUUUUCAUUCUUUCCUCUUAUGUGCAGAUCUUCAGGGCUCUGCUGAGGAUCCCCUCUGAGCAUGGCCGGCACAAAGCCUUUUCCACGUGCCUUCCUCACCUGGCCUUCGUUUCCCUGUUUAUCAGCAGAGGCGUGUUUGCCUACCUGAAGCCCCCCUCCCUUUCCUCGCCAUCCCUGGACCUGAUGAUAGCAGUUCUGUACUCGGUGUUGCCUCCAGCAGCAAACCCUCUCAUCUACAGCAUGAGGAACCAGGAGCUCAAGGAUGCAGUGAGAAAACUAAUUGGAUACAUGCUUCUUCAUCAUUAA